CUAGCACCCUAGCUCAACUUUUAAUUCCAAUUUCAAGAAAUUCCUAUUACAACUAAAAGCAGAAACAGCAUAGGCAUAACAAUAUCAACAGAUUAUAACACUAUUAUAACUAUAACACAAGCCAAAAAAUUAUUGUUGUGUCUUCAGAAUGGCAGAUCUGGAAAAAAUUGGUGAUGAAAACUUGUCUAAGUUGCCAGCUUCUAUUUUCCUUCAACUUAGAAACCAUUUAGAUGUGAGCCAUUCCCCAAGUCAAGGCUGGAAGGCAUUUGUUGCUGUACUUGGUGAAAACUAUACACUGUCAGAUAUUGCAGAUUUUGAAAGAGCUCCAAGUCCCACAACCAAGUUGAUAAGCACAUUAGGUGCUCGUGGCAUGACCAUCAAAGAGUUUGUUCAGUAUGCUGUUAUAGCAAAUGAUCAUGUGAUUAUGAACUUGUUUAAUGUCUUAGUUCCUGUUGAGAUCACACAUCAGCCUUUAAAUGAGAUGCACGUUCUAGAAGAGGAGAGGGUUGAAAUGUGUGUGAAGGCCACUGGCUUCCCACCACCCCAGUACCAGUGGUAUAAGAAUGGUGAGCUGCUGGAAGGUGCCACAGAGAAUGUUCUGGAACUGAGAUCUGUGAGUGCUGCUGAUGCAGGGGAAUAUUGCUGCGCUGUCUACAACAAUGGGAACUACUCUGAGCUGACUCUCUCUCAGACGUCACUGGUCACCGUACUACGAGCUGCUGAAAUUGAAAUUAAAGCCCAUCCCCGCUCAUGUAUAGUAGAGAUGCAUGGCAAUGCCUUGUUCAGGUGUGAAGCCUGGGGGGUGGGGACCUUCAGGUACCAGUGGUUUCACAAUGAUAUACCCCUGGAUGAUGGGCCAAAUGUCAAAGGGAGUGGCAGCAGUGAGCUACACCUGUAUGACAUCACAUCCUGGGAAUGGGUGGGCUGCUAUUUCUGCGAGGUCUCCAGAGGUACACAGACGGCACAGACUCAGAGCGCCUUUCUGAAAUUGGACGCCAUAGGUGCAGUACCUGCUGUGCGAUACACAGCCACAGAUAAAGUAGCACUUUUAAUUGGAUGUAAUGAUUACAGAAGUGACACCAUACUGUAUGCUCCAAAAUACGAUGUCCAGACUUUAUCAGAGAUUUUUCAAUCCCUCAAUUUUAAGGUUGUCUCCCUUCUAAACUUGACCAAGUCUGAGAUGCUGGCAGCCAUAGUUGAGUUCAGACAGCUGGUGGACAAGGGGGUGUACUGUGUCUUCUACUUCUGUGGUCACGGCUUCGAGGUAGCCAGCCAGUGUUUCCUGGUGCCCAUUGAUGCGCCUUCACUCUAUCAGCACACGCACUGCAUCUCCACGGAAAAGUUGUUUCACGGUCUCCUCCAGAGGGAGCCUCAGGUCUGCUGCAUGAUAUUGGACAUUUGCCGGAGAAGUUAUGAUGACAAUGCCAAGCCAGCCUUACUGAGCCAGAAUAAAGUGGAACGAGGAAAUGCUAUAGUGUGUUAUGGCACGUCCUAUGGGCUAGCUGCCUAUGAGAACAAAAACUAUGGAAUUCUAGUCAGUCACUUAAAAAAUAUUUUAGGUCUGCCUGUUGAUAUAGAAACAGUCUUUAGAAAGCUUCGAGAAGACAUCAACCAGGACAAGCGAGUCAGUGACCACCAGUCUCAUAGGCCAUCUUUCAAACAGAUUCCAGAAAUUAGAACAAAUCUGUUGGAGGUCCAGCGUUCUUUUGCAGACCCCAUUAUCUACACCAACCACACACUAGAGUAUGAGCACAGGAAGCAGUUGUGGGAGAAUGCACAUAGGAAACCAGAUCCAGUGUACUUGGAUGUUGAAAUUGAUAACUUUAUAGUUAAAGUCAAACUUGACUUUCAGCAAGAGUUCUCAAAUGUUUUAAAGAUCUACACUUCUGUGCUGGAUAAAGGUCUCGCUGAAACAUGUGUGGCCUAUGUUAGUGGAAUACCUGGGGAUGUGGCUGAGAAAACAAAGGUCAAGAUAAUUACUCAAGGCAAAAAUAAUGCUUUGUCAAAAAACUACGUAGUUCUACAGAAUAUCCAACGUUUGAAGAACCCCAUGAAAAUUACUGUCGCUGUGAUGUGUAGAUCGCCUGAUGUAAAUAAAACUGUAGAGGUCAACGACCUGGGUCUCCCUCUGGUGGCCAAGCUACAGCUGUGGAAAGAGGUACCUGAGCUUUUGUUCAACAGGGUGGCGGAGGAAGUUGAAGAGGAAGAAUCAAUAUCCAACAUGGGAUUUUGAUUCUUUUUUUUUGGCGCUAAAUUAAGGAGGUAAAAUCAAUAUACAACAAGGGAUUUUAAUUAUUUUUUGGCGCUAAAUUAAGGAGGUAAAAAUCAAUAUACAACAAGGGAUUUUAAUUCUUUUUUGGCGCUAAAUUAAGGAGGUAAAAUCAAUAUACAACAAGGGAUUUUGAUUCUUUUUUUUUGCCGCUAAAUUAAGGAGGUAAAAUCAAUAUACAACAAGGGAUUUUAAUUCUUUUUUGGCACUAAGUUGAGGAGGAGAAAUCAAUGUCCAACUAUUGCUAUAUUAUUUUUGCCUUUUCUCAUAAAGCUUGGGCUUGUUUUGAUUCGUUUGUUUUUUAUUCAGAAAUUUGUAUAAUUGUCAAAGUAGAAGUUGUUAAAUUUCAGAGGGAAAAAUAAUGUUCAUUCUUCAAAAUCAUAUGCAUGAUAACCAUUUAGAAUAUUGUGAAACAAAACUACCUCUAUAAGCAUAAGCUUAUUUGAUGACUGUAAAAUUAAAUCAAAUAUUUCUAGAGAAAGAUAUGGUGUAUAUUUUUUAAUAAAUCACUUACACAUGGCUUAUAUUAUUCUUAUUUUUUUAAACUCUGUAAUAAAAUUAUGAUUAGUUAGCUAUAGUAGUGUGAAAGCUAGAAACUUUCUUUUUCUCCAAAUACUUUACUUCAUUUUAGUUAUAUAGUGCUUAAUUAUAGCAUUUGUUUCUUCUUAUAUAAGCCAUUGCCAACUUAAUUAAUACCAGAAUUACAAAAUAUUCACUUUAUUUAGGAAUUUACUAACUAUCAAUAGUUGAAAAA